AUAAAAUUCAUGAACAUUACAUAAAUAAUAUUCACUCGUUUGAAAUGAUCAAAAUCUUAUUGUUAAACGUAUAAAAUAAGUUGUUUUUCCGUUAAUGUUGCUACAAUGUCUUGCUUGAGGGAAAUGCGCCUGGAUGAUUUGUUCACAUUCAACCCAUUGGUUUUCGAUCCAUUCACCGAAGUCUAUCGUAUCGGAUUUUUCAUGCGUCACAUUGCUCAGUGGCCAGAAUUGGCAGCGGCAUCCAUAGCUCCAGAUGGUCGCUUGGUUGGCUUCAUUUUCGGCAAGUUUUUGGACGGUGUCAAAGAUAAUACUCAGCAGCACGGACACGUCUGCGCAUUGACAGUGCUCUCUGAUUAUCGUCGUCUGGGUAUUGCAUCUCUGCUUAUGAAUUAUUUUGCUCAGAUGUUGGAUUUGAAGAGCGCCUGGUAUGUGGAUUUGUAUUUGCGAUGCAGUAAUUCUGCCGCCUACAAUCUAUAUUGCGCUCUGGGCUACGAGAUGCGUCGUGUUCUUCUCGACUAUUAUCCAGGCGAUCCAGAGGAGAAUGCGUAUGAUAUGAGAAUGCCACUAUCCAUAGAUGUAAAUCAGUUGUCCUUGGCCUUGGCCAGCAGGGAACCUGUUCGCCUGCCCUUGGAAGAUGAUAGUGAUGACGACUAUUAGAACAUGGAAGUGGGCGUGGCGUUCACUCAUAAUGUGGUUUCUUUUCAUAUCUGGCGUACAAGAGCAUUUGCAAUUUGUUCAACUAAUUAAGUAAAAAAAUAAGAAAGGGAAAGCUCAAUUGCGAGAAAUUUCAACAGCAGCCAAGUUUCCGCUGACGCACAAAACUAAACUACAAAUCUUAUGGUGUAGAUAGAUAUAGAUAUGUGUAUGUAGACCACUACAACUAAAGAUACACGUACAUGUGCCUUAACGCAGUUUUUUAUGCCAGGCAAAUUUAAUUGCGAAUACCAAAACCAAAAAAUCAAGUAAAAUAAAAAGAUUUUAAAACAUUGAAACACUUGCGGCGACGCGUCCGUUUCAAUGGUCAA